AUGGAUUUAAGAAGCAGAAAAUCGGGCUUAACCAACCUGAGAGCCUUCGAGGAUGAGAUUACUAACUUCAUUGAAGAGGGGCAAGCAGCAGAUAUUGUUUAUCUCAACUUCAGUCCUGGAGUCCUGACGCGGACUUUGCUCAACUCAGGCGUUCGAGUUGUUGCCCUAGAAAAUGACCUGGCUUUUCUUCCAGACUUACAGUGCGGGAGGAAGGGGUGUUUUUCCAGAGAGCUUACUGUGUCCACCUUUUUUCACUUGAAACUUAUUUUCUUUCAGUCCCUAGAGAAUAGCUUGGAUGGACAAUUCAAAGUAAUUUAUGGUGACUUCUUCAGGCUGGAUCCUUUGGUCACUGGACCAGUGAAACCACCUACUGUGUGUUCUGAGAAGCUUUUUGAAUCUAUGGGGGUAGCAGCAGUUCCUUGGAGAGCAGAUGUACCGGUGAAAAUUUUUGGAAUCUUACCACAAAAAAAGGAAAGAAACAUGCUGUGGAGGCUGAUUUUUGCCGUUUAUGAAUGCAGUUCCAUAUACAGAUACGGAAGAAUCGAACUCAACUUUUUUAUAAGUGAAAAGGAAUACAAGGUAUUAACAGCGAAAGCUGGAGAAAAGAGGGUCUACCAAGCGCUUUCUGUGCUCUGGCAAAUAGGAUGUGAGAUUCAGCUUCUGCACAUGGAACCUUGGGCAUCAUUUUUAACUAAUUUGAAGAAUGGGGGACUGGCGAUACCCAGGAGCACGGCUCUGCCAAAUGACCAUUUAUGUUUGAUACGACUGACUCCCCGAAAAGACCUAUUUACAGGAACCAUGAAACCCACAAAUUCAUCAACCUUUGUUUUCAUGGUGAAACAGUGUCUUGCUAAACCCAGUUCUAGAAUUAUUGAUAAAUUAAAUUCAUGGAGCCUGUCUGAUGGCUGCAAGUUACUGAGAGAGCUAGAAAUUCCAGAAGAUGCGGAAACGGUUAGCUUAUACCCGGAAGACUACAUGCGUCUCUUCGAUGCUUUACAAAACUCUAGUGUGUUCACUGAAAGUUGGUUCCAUGAUGAAGUCUUGGAAAGUGCAAGAAACAUGAACUUCUAAAUCUAAAGGUACUGACACUUG